AUGGUAGACAACUUCCCAGUACGGUCAAACCAGCGAGCGGAAUUAUGUGCAGCAAUAUUAGGCUUGGAGUUAGUCGCUAAGACUUACGACAAGAAUUCCAACAGCGAAGCUGGAGCUUGGAUUGUCGCGACCGACUCCGAGUAUGUUGUGAAGGGGAUGACCGAAUGGUUACCAAAAUGGAGGCGCAAUAACUGGCGUACGUCCAAGGGUACUAAACCAGCAAAUCUGGAUUUGUUCCUUGCUCUCGAUGGCGCACUGGCAACGCACGAAGCGAAGAACGUGACAAUUGCAUUCUGGCAUGUUCCAAGAGAGCAUAACCAACUUGCCGAUGGCCUUGCAAAAGCGGCUGCUGCCUACGGUGAUGAGGCCAGGAUGUAG